UUGCACCCAAAAAAUGAGGAAUAAAACAAGAAAAUGUGGAUCAGCCAAUCCAUUUGCUAUCAAUGGCUCUCGCAAUUUCCAUGUUCUUGCCAGCUGGUUGUCCCUAUCGCACACUAAACCGCCCCUUUUCUCCCUUCUUUUUUUAUUUUCAAUUUGCUUUUUUUUAUGGAUUUUAUUAUUAUUUAUUCAAUUUUUUAAGCUCCCCAUUUCUUGAUCCAACAAACACUAACGGGUUUCUUGAUUCAGCUAAAAAAGAUUGUAUCUUUCUAUUUGGGUUCCUAAUUUUGAUGAUAAAUCUGCUUCGUUUUGGCUUUUUUUAAUAUUGGUAAAAGAAAAAAUUAUUGAUUUGAUGAUGUAAAGUGAUUAAGAGAGUGGCUGCAAGAGUGAGAUUGUUUGGUUUAAAGGGUGUCAGUGUAAAGCUGAGUUCUUUGUGAUUGAUUUGAUAUUUUAUAAUCAGCUAUGGAGAAUCGAAGUGAUCAUGAAACUAGUUCUUCUUUAAGUUUGUUUGCGGCUUUAUCAUAUGGGGUUGCUUCUAUGGCUAUGGUGUUUAUCAAUAAGGCAAUUCUUAUGCAGUAUUCUCACUCAAUGACCCUUCUCACUCUGCAGCAAUUGGCAACUGUUUUGCUUAUACAUUUUGGCCGGCAAAUGGGAUAUGCAAAAGCCAAGGGACUAGAUAUGCAAACGGCUAAAAAGCUGCUCCCGGUUUCACUAUUUUAUAAUGCUAAUGUGGCUUUUGCGUUGGCGAGUUUGAAAGGAGUUAAUAUUCCUAUGUACAUUGCUAUUAAGAGACUUACUCCACUCGCUGUGCUUGUCGCCGGCUUCUUUUCCGGAAAGGGAAAACCUACAAUGCAGGUGACUCUUUCUGUACUAUUAACUGCUGCUGGAGUUCUAAUCGCAGCACUUGGAGAUUUUUCUUUUGACUUAUUUGGAUACAGCAUGGCUCUUACUUCUGUUUUCUUUCAGACGAUGUACCUUGUAUUGGUUGAGAAGUCUGGUGCAGAGGAUGGUCUUUCUUCAGUUGAGAUAAUGUUCUACAACAGCUUUUUGUCACUUCCAUUUUUGGCAUUUAUAAUCAUAAGUACGGGAGAAUUUCCGAAUUCUUUGUCAUUGUUAUUUGCAAAGAGUAGUUCUUUAUCGCUUAUGGUGAUUCUUAUUCUUUCAUUGGUGAUGGGAAUCGUUCUCAAUUACACCAUGUUCUUGUGUACUAUAGUCAACUCUGCUCUAACAACAACUAUCGUGGGAGUUCUCAAAGGUGUUGGAUCCACGACCCUCGGUUUUGUCUUACUGGGUGGGGUUCAAGUACAUGGUUUAAACGUGCUCGGAUUAGUGAUCAACACAUCCGGAGGGGUAUGGUAUUCAUACGCCAAAUACCAGCAAAAGAAGAACAAGCCGCCAAAGGUGGCGAUAGACAUUGAGGCGCAUCGUAAAUGAUUAUAUGGUUCGUCCGUGCUUUCGGAAGCGCUGCCUGGCGGUACUGUUGUCGGUUUUCUGUUAUAAUUAACUGAUUCUCCAUAUAUUUACCGAGUAUUGAUUAACCGGCAAUGUGGAAGUGGGUGGGGACAGAAUGUUGAUGGACGGAGGUGGUUGAAGGACAAAUAUAGUUAAUUUGCAAUUAUGUUUGAAAAUGAAAGCUGGCCAAUGGCUGUGCUGUGUUUUGUAUUUAGAUGUGGACAUCUUAGUUGAAGAGUUGGAUUGAAACCUGUAUUCUUACAUCAUUUUUGUACUUUGAAAUCCUUCUCUAUCA